AUUAGACAAGUUUUGUUCCCUAUUUCAUCCGCCGAGAGUCGAUCAAUUUUGGAAAACGACAAAGACUGAUCCAAAAUAGAGUCGUUUAGACGAUUUUUAGCUAUGUGAACUACUCCAAACAUUUACUUGUAUACAAGUCAAAAAUUAUUGUUUGCUCUAUUUGCAAUUUUUAUACUAGUACGAGUUUUGCAUGGUUUUUUGAAAUACAAUUGCUUGUUACUUCAUGUUGCUUGCUUUAAAUUUGAUAUAUCCUAAGAGAGAUGGGUGUCACUGGUUUAUGGAAGCUAAUAGAGCCUUGUGGAAAACCAGUGCCCGUGGAGACAUUGGAGGGAAAAGUGCUUGCCGUUGAUAUUUCCAUAUGGCUUCAUCAGGUUGUAAAAGGUUUUCAAGACAGCAAAGGAUCGGCACUGAACAAUGCGCACCUUUUGGGCCUGUUUCAUCGCCUGUGCAAAUUACUCUACUACCGUGUGCGCCCGGUGUUCAUAUUUGAUGGCGGCGUGCCGCAACUAAAGCGCGAUACAAUUGCGCGUCGCCAGCAACAACGCGGCAAAAUCAGCAACGAGGCUGAUCGCAUACAGGCACUGUUGCUGCAGUCGUUGGCCAAGGAAAAGGUAGUGCAACAGGCGUUGGGCACAAAUGCAGAGCUACUGCUAAAGUCGCCAUCAAAACGGGCAGUCACAGGAAAGGGCAGCAGAAAUGAUGAAGACGAUCUAUUCAAGUUGCCAGAGCUCCCAGAAGCAUCCGCUGCUGAAAUCGGCGAAUCGGACUGCGAAUUAGAUAAUACAGGUGGAAACACUACUUCGGAUAGCUCCUUUGAUGAGUCAACCGCACGGCAUACUUAUAAUGCCAGCUUGCAAGGUAUCGAUGUUCGCAGCCAGCACUUUAAAAGCCUGCCGGCCGAUAUACGGCAUGAAAUAUUAACAGACAUUAAGGAAACGCGCAAACAGUCGUCCUGGGGUCGCCUCCAUGAGCUCCCAGCACGAAGUAAUGACUUUUCCUCUUUCCAAAUGAAACGAUUAUUAAAGCGACGCGCCGUUCAGGAAAGCCUCGAGCAAGCGCAACAAGAAAUGGGCGGCCACACUCUGACGUAUGCAGAGUUGUCGGAGUUUUUCAGCGAAGAAGGUAUUGUCACGCCGACAGCUAUUGAGCAGAGUACGCGUCAAAUAAGUUCCGAUGAACACACCAGAUUCUUGUUAGUACGGGAUCUUAAAAAAAAGACUAUGGAGGAUAGUCGUAGAAUGGCGCAGAAGAGCUUUGAGACAAUUGCAGAAGAAAGCGCUGCGCUUGCUUUGGAAUCUGAUGAAAGUCCGGGUACGUCGACGAAAACUGUAGCCGUAAAAAAGUCGCCCCCACCCAACGAUACACACAAUAAGGAACCGGGCGCUGCACCUGAUGGUGAUUACGAAAUGGCAUUAGCAUUAUUUCUUGAUGAAUCACAAAAAGUAUACGACGAAGAGGACUACAACUAUAAUGCGGAUCAGGACUUGCGCCUGAAUCGCGAACAAAGCAAAUUUUUGCGCUAUGCUGCCAAGGGACCAGCGCGAGCGUAUAUGAUUGAAUACGGUGGAAUGAACGACGAGGAGGUGGAGAACAUCAUGGAAUCAACACAAUUGAAUGAUACUCAGAGCUUAGAGCGUUUACUGCAUAACAGAAGUGCUGAUGAUAAGAUAACAGAGGUUGAUAUAGCAAAUAAUUCUAUUGAAAAAGUCAAACAACUCUCUUCGCCAGUUGUACAGACAACAAAUGAAUAUCUCGACAAACCAGAUUCAGUUCAAAUCAUUGAAAGCGAUACUGAUUCAGACUUAGAAGAGGUUACUGACACCAAGGAAAUGCCUGCAAAAACAAGCCUCGAAAUUUGUGUAGGCAUUAAAGAUCAAUUGAACGAAGAGGAUGAUCUCUUUUCGGACAUUUUUAAAAAUGAGUACCCGGUAAAGGAUAGUGUCCUCCAGGAAGCUGAUGCAGAAGCCACAAUGAAUACUGAGAAAACCAACAUGUGUGCGAAUGAAGCAGAACAUAAAAACGAACGUGGAGAUAAUAAAAGCACAGAUUUGAUAAUAAAGUGUAAAAAUGUUAGCAAAUUCGAUUCAAAUCAUUCGAACGUAGAAGAUAGUGAAGAAAGGAAAACUCUUGAGCAGAGUACAGUGAAACACGACAAAGAGAAAACAAUUGACUUAAAUGCUAAAAAAACAGAAAAGGAAGUCGAAUUAAGCUCUAUACUCUCUGAUCUUAAAAGGCAAACAGAAGAAAUUAAAAAUACGAAAUUCGAUCUCUCCGAAGAAAAAGAACAGCCGGAUGUUGGUCUGACCUCUAUACUUAAUGAGCUUAAGCGACAAACGGAUGAAGUUAAGAAUAUAAAACUGGAGUCUGUUAAGUUAAACAAUAGUAUGGCCAUUGAAUUAUCCUCCGACGAUGAGGCCGCAAAAGAAGCAACAUCUCCAAAGUCCAAAGAUAUUAUUGAGCUUUGUGACAGUGAUAACGAAAUGAAUCGCACAUCCCCAAAUAAGACUCCCAGCAAGAACAAAGCAAUAACCGAUUUCUUUCAAACUACAUAUAGUAUAAAACGCACACCCGAUAAGCCAGUAGAUCCACAUGUUACUCCUCCCGUAUCUCCAAUGGUUCCCAAGCCGUACUACGUAAAGCGCACACCAAAAUCGGGACGUAAGAGUGCCGGAAAAGAACUGAGAGACAAUUCCGUCUCACCCAAUACACAAUCUAGCAAAGCGGCAAAAUCGCUGUUUAAAGAAAAUGAAGAGAAGGACAUGGCCGAGCCAGUUACCACCGAGGAUAUCCUUCAAGACGCAGCGGAAGCUCUAAAAGCUCAAAAGACCGCUGAGGAACUAGAGACAAUGGCUACAAAUUUGGCCCAUGAGCGCUCUGAGCUGGAAGCAGAACGUAAUCGACAGGAUCGAAUGGGUAUGUCCAUUAGUCAACGCAUGAGCAACGAUUGCCAAGAGCUGUUGCGCCUGUUUGGCAUACCAUACAUUGUGGCGCCAAUGGAAGCAGAAGCACAGUGCGCCUUCCUCAAUGCCGUAGGGAUUACUAAUGGCACCAUAACGGACGAUAGCGAUAUCUGGCUUUUCGGUGGUCGUACAGUAUACAAAAAUUUCUUCGCUCAAAAUAAGCAUGUGCUUGAGUUUCGGGCCGAACAGAUUGAGCAGACAUUUAAUUGCAGCCGCGAUAAGCUUAUUCAGCUUGCCUGCCUCGUUGGCAGUGAUUAUACCACAGGUAUACACGGCAUUGGCGCUGUAACUGCUCUUGAAAUACUCGCGUCCUUUUCGACUUUAGCCCCGAACACUGGACCUACAACCUCUUCUCCAUCCUCCAGUAGGCCAGGCGCCGUCUCCAUGCAGUCUGUGCUGUCCACUUUAGUAAAGUUUCGAGACUGGUGGCAAGCGCAUAAGAACGCCAACAUACCUAUCGGGAGUUCCGCACGUCAUUCGCUGCGCAAGAAGCUCAAGAACAUCGAGUUGCAUGAGGGCUUUCCCAGUUCGUCCGUAGUGGAGGCCUACUUAAUACCCAAGGUGGAUGAAAACCGUGACGCCUUUAGUUGGGGAUCUCCCGACAUUGAGUCUAUACGCGAAUUUGCGCGUAAAUUCUUUGGCUGGACUACCUCGAAAACAGAUGACAUUCUUAUGCCGGUCAUAAAGAAAAUCAACGAAAAGAAGAUACAAGGCUCUAUACGCAAUUACUUUACGGCGAAGAGCGCGCUUCGAGUGCAGCAACCAAAGGUCAGCAAACGUGUUCAGACGGCAAUUGAUAAAAUGUCUGGUAAGAUUGAGCCGGAAACGACGGAAAUGACGGAAAAAUUGAACCGACCAGCCCGUCGUGCACGUAAAAAGAAGGCUGCUGAACCGCAGGAAACUCUCUGCGAAGAUGCAACAGACGACGAUCGUCCUGCUCGUCCAAAGUGCGUCAGACGAAAAGCAGCGACCGCAACGCCCACAGCCCACAGAGAGAUAAUACCGCAGAGAGAACGGGAUUUACAGCAAAUGCGUCAAAACAAGGCAAAGGCAGCAGAUAUUUUAAAGGCAAGCGCUAAGGUUUCCAAAUAAAUUAUUUCCAUAUUUUGCUUAAAAUAUAUAUUCAUUUUUCCCUGUAACUCCUUAUGGCGCUCUCGUCUAGAACAGUUCUUUGUUGUUUAGUUUACCUUAAUGCCAGUCGAAUUUUUUGUUGUUCGAAUUGAACAGUACUUGAACAGAACUCGGUGCUUUGAAAUAAAUGUCAAAAGGGCAGGUAUACAAACACAAAUUUAUUGUUAAACGUUUAAAUUACAAAACAAAAAAAAAAUUACCAUAAGAUAUGUUUAAAAUUAAACCUGUUAAUCGGGUUCAGUAUCAGCGUUUGCUCAUAGAUAAGGAUCGUGCAUUAAAACGUUUGCAAGGCUUUCGAAAAUUAAGGAUAAUAUUGCUAAAAACUGUUUUUGCACUUUUGAUAAAUGUACAACGCAAAUCACAGUAUGCGACAAGCAAUCAGGCACUACAAUCUUUAAAGCAGUGUAGAGAUUGGUUGACUGAUUGCUUAGAAUCCUUACAAAGAUUGCCCAAAGAUAAUCGUUCUAAAUGUAAUAUCGUCGCUCCAAAUAGUGAAGAUAAGAAGAGUUCCCAAAAUGUUUUAGCUAGAUACAUUGCAAGUCUGAAGAAGGUAUUAAACAAUUAUGAAAAUUAUCAAACAACUAUGCACCCCAUGGCACAUAGGAGUACAACCAAAAAUAGUUUGAAAAAAAUGUUGAUCGAAAACAUUGGAGUUAUGCACCUUGCUAUUCAAAUGUUGAGACUCUUUAUGAAAAUGGGCAACAAUGUUUUCUUCAAGGCGAACGAAAAAAAUAUGAGUGCAAAGAAAGUUCAAUGUUCGAGUUCAUCAACGGGGAAAUGCAACAAUGGUCAAAUUUGUCUAGAAAAGAAAGAUAGUACUGUUGGGCCACUUAUUAAACAGGACAAUCUCAAUAAGCAAUCAAUCGAAACUAGCAGAUCUCAGCGAGACAAAGAUACUGUUUCGGGCAUUGAUCAGGCGGGAAUUAAUUCCUCAUCUUCGAAUAUUGGCAAGCCUUCCGCUAGUACGAGACCGAGUGGAGGGGGAGGAGAAUCAACUCAAAAUUUUAUGAUGCCCACAAUUGAUCUUGAGGUUCCAGAUUCAAGCCAGAUGUAUUUAAGGAGCCUACAAAAACUUAGGCAGAAAAUGAGUUCACCUUCCAAAACCAAAUUUAGAACCGCAAAUAGUUACCAUAAGUCGAUGUUUAAAUUUAGUAAACAUCACGAAUUGGAAAAGCCGUCGCCGAGAAUGUCCGUGGUUUCAGAGGAAAUAAAAGACAAUACAAUGGACGACACAGCAACCGCUAUCAUUAAUAACCUAUUUGCUCAUAAAAGUGCACCCAGGGCUGUAAUAAAAAAAAGUUCAAAAUACAUAAGCACUUUUGAACUCCAUCAUUUAAAUGCAGAUAGAAGGGACGAUUAUAAAGUGGACGAGAUCUGGGAAGAUUUGAUUAGUGAGCAUAACCAGCAGCUUUUAUCGCCUAAUAAUCGUAAGAUUUCCGAUAUUAAAGAUGACCUUAAAAAAUUUUAUCUAACAAAAAUGCAGUUGAUGCUCCGCACUCAAAUUGGUAAAAUACACUACCAUAAAAAAAAAAAGUUCCACGCCAAAAGCUCAAGCAUAUUUAGUAUGAGUGGCUCUGUUGUCAAU